CGGGAGCCUGAGGGAGGCCGGCACACCCCGACCCGCCUCUGCCUUACUCAGCGCUGUUCCGCGUCCCAGGUUUUUCUCACUUUCUUUUCUUGCUAGUUUUUAUGUUUCCGCGCGUGCUCGUCGCGGGGUCUACGCCGCGCUCCAUGGCAAGUGCUGCGGAGCGAAGGAACUGGACGACCCUCCGGCUGUGCGCUGCCGUUAUUUUACUUGACCUGACUGUCUGUAAAGGAUUUGUAGAAGAUCUAAAUGAAUCAUUUAAAGAUAAUCGAAAAGAUGACAUUUGGCUUGUUGAUUUUUAUGCACCCUGGUGUGGCCAUUGUAAAAAACUGGAACCAAUUUGGAAUGAGGUUGGGCUUGAAAUGAAAAGUAUUGGUUCUCCAGUUAAAGUUGGAAAGAUGGAUGCUACUUCCUAUUCUAGCAUUGCUUCAGAGUUUGGAGUUCGAGGUUAUCCAACAAUUAAGCUAUUAAAGGGGGACUUGGCAUAUAAUUACAGAGGACCACGGACUAAAGAGGAUAUAAUUGAGUUUGCUCACAGAGUGUCUGGGGCUCUAAUUCGGCCUCUUCCAAGUCAACAAAUGUUCGACCAUGUACAGAAGCGGCACCAUGUAUUUUUUGUUUAUAUUGGUGGAGAAUCACCCUUGAAAGAGAAAUACAUAGAUGCUGCUUCAGAGUUAAUUGUGUAUACAUACUUCUUUUCUGCGCCAGAAGAUGUGAUUCCUGAGUAUGUGACACUGAAAGAAAUUCCUGCUGUGCUUGUUUUCAAAGAUGACACUUACUUUGUUUAUGAUGAGUAUGAAGAUGGCGAUCUGUCUUCGUGGAUCAGCAGGGAGAGGUUUCAGAACUACCUUACUAUGGAUGGCUUCCUUUUGUAUGAACUUGGAGAGACAGGAAAGCUUGUGGCCAUUGCAGUUAUUGAUGAGAAAAACACAUCACUUGAGCAUACCAGAUUAAAGUCGAUUAUUCAGGAGGUUGCUAGAGAUUUCAGAGACCAUUUCCAUAGAGAUUUUCAGUUUGGCCAUAUGGAUGGAAAUGACUAUAUAAACACCUUGCUUAUGGAUGAAUUGACAGUCCCAACCAUAGUCGUACUGAAUACUUCAAACCAACAGUACUUUUUGCUGGAUAGAUAUAUUAAGGAUGCCAGUGACAUGGUCCAGUUCAUUAACAGCAUUUUGGAUGGUACAGUACCUGCCCAAGGAGGUGAUAGCAUUUUGCAGAGAUUGAAAAGAAUAAUAUUUGAUGCCAAAUCUACAAUUGUGUCUAUAUUCAAGAGCUCUCCAAUUAUGGGCUGCUUUCUCUUCGGCCUGCCGCUGGGUGUCAUCAGUAUCAUGUGCUAUGGAAUCUACACAGCUGACACAGAUGGAGGCUAUAUAGAAGAGCGAUAUGAAGUGUCCAAAAGCGAAAUGGAAAACCAGGAGCAAGUAGAAGAAAACAAAGAGCAGGAGUCCAGCGGUGGAGGGUCUCUAGUGUCUACUGUGCAAGAGCCCAAGGAUGUAUUAGAAAAGAAGAAAGAUUGAGAUUUCACAGAUAAAAAAUAUUUGAUAGGACUUCAAAUUAUUAAAUAUUUAUUGAAUUUAGAGAUUUAAUCAUGAUCUAUUUACAGAAGAGAACGUGUUCUUUGUAUUUUGCUAAUGACAACUGCAUGAAUUAAAGUAAUCCUUCCAUAAGUGGAAAGAUGUUUGGAACAAAGAGAUGAAGAGUGUGUCCAGAACAAAGCUAGAUCAUUGUAUCAGCUACCUUUUAGAUGCCCAUUUUGUGCACACUCCUCUGUGUGCAUCUUUUAUGACAAACUUGGACACAAUAUUAACUUGACCAUUAAUGUGGAAGAUGUGUGUUUUGCAAAGAGAAAUAGUACUUUCAACUACUAUAUCAAUUCUCCUAUAUUUUGGAUAAAAUUUAUAUAAACAGAUUAAGUCUUUAAAAUUUAGACAUUUUAAGAGAAACUCAUAACUUUUCCAUGUAUCAAAUUUAAGAUUUGAGUUUAGAAGUAGUGAUUUUAUAUAUAGCAUAGUGAUUUUAUUUUACUAGUUAUUUUUAAAGGAGAAAUGUUACUUUUUUACUUAUACUCCAUUGCAUUAUUAUGAUAUUGGCAUAUGGUCCCAUGAAGUGGGGGAAGAAUCUUAUAAUUGACCUUCACAAAAUGACCAAGGUAUGUGGGAGUGGUGGCUUCAGCCCCUGUUGUGGCGCACAGUGUCCACCACUGCAGGAAGAAGAGGCCCUCUUAGUACAUCUUGCUUUUAGCCAAAGCAGCCUAAUGUUUUGUUUUGUUUUCAUUUUUAUUGUAUAGCCUGACAUUACUUCUAAUAUUUCUAUUAAGGCAUUCAGAAGUAAUAGAAAUUAUGUUUUUGAGAUAUGUAAACUAAUAAUUUAAAAUUUACUGCCACAUCUCUAUUGUGAGAGGCUGUAACAGGUCAGUGAUAUAAUCAACAUGAUGUCAUGAACAGAGAGAGAGAGAUAGUUCCCUUCUCUAAUUAGCCUCUCACCUUUGCUUCCUUGAGAAUCAUGACCUCUCAUCUUUCUUCAGAAUGCAGUCGUGCCUAAGAGUAGUUAUUUUUUGAUAAUAUGUUUACUACAGAUCCGUUGGUUAAUUUUGAGGCCUUCAUUUUAGCUAAUUUCAGAAUUUUUAUUAGGCAAUGUUUAGGUCCUAUUCUUUGAAUACUUUAGUGUUUGCUUAAAGGAUCCACUGAGCAUUUAUAGACAUGGUUUGUAGUUUUAACACUGCAGUUGCUUGGGGCUUCUGCUUUGGUUACCAGGGGAGUUUCUGGUCUCUGAUGCAAUACUAAUCAACACUGAACUGAAAUUUGUAUAUCUGUAGAGCUAGAGAAUUACUAAUCAUAAUCUCUGUUCAAUUUUUUUCAUAUUCAAAAGAACCCAUUUUUAAUAUUUAAUCACCCAUUGUUAACUUUAUUGAUAAUGGUAUAAAUAUGUAGUUAUAGGGAAUUUCAGGGGGAAAAAAGGGUAUUCUCAAAUGGAAACUGGAGAUAAGCACUGUUAAAAGUUACUGUGACCAAAGAGCUAGCCAAUGAGUUCAUGUCAGAGACAGCCCCUGUUCCCUUUACUAGGGAACCCACUUGGAGAUUGAGCUGCCAUGGGCUACAUCUGUGCAGGGGUUCUAGGUUAUCUUCAUGUAUGGUCCUUGGUUGGAGUAUCAGUCUCAGAAAAGACCCCUGGGCCCAUAUUUUUUGGUUCUAUUGCUCUCCUUGUGGAAGCCCUGUUGCUUUCAGGUCUUUCAUCUCCCCCACCUUCUUUCAUAGGAUUCCCUGCACUCUGCCCAAAGUUUGGGUAGAGUCUUUCAGAGGCCCUCUGUGGUGGCUCCUGUCCUGUUCCCUGUUUUUUCCCUCUUUCGAUAUCUAUCCCAUUUUCUUUCUGAAUGAGGAAUAAUCAUCUUACCCAGGGUCCUCCUUGCUUAGCUUCUUUAGGUGUACAGAUUUUAGUAUGUUUGGGGGAGGCAGUCUUAACAGGCCUCAGAGGAAGACAGUGCAGCCAGACCUGAUGAGACCUGAUAGGCUAGUGUCAGAUGGAAGGGGCUACAGCUGGGAUAUAAAGUGAAUAAAUUGUAAUACAAAUUGCUGUGACAAGUAAAUUCUUCCAAAGAAUAAAGAUGACUCUUUGUGAAGAUUCAUGGUAGUGGUCCCAAUUGUCAAGCCUUUUUUUUCAGGAUAAAAGAUCUGAAUUACAUAUAGAUUCCUCAUUUAUCAUACUGUAUAGUAAAGAAGAGACAUGAGGAAAUAGAAAGUACCACUAAUAUAUUUUACUGUUGUUCAUCACUAUCAAAAAUUAAUUAUGUGUAUUUUGUCUUGUCAGUCAUCCCUUGUAAAUAAGUUCUCAGUAGGAAAAAAGAAUAAAGCACAGCUUUGCAUCACCAAACAGAAGUGCAAAGGUAAUUCUUUGUAUUCUGCAACACUUUUCUUUAGGCAAAAAUGCUUUGGGUCUCUGUUGUGAAACAACUUUAUAUUGAUCCUCAUAUUUUAUUUGUAAUUUUAAAAUGUGCAUUUGGAAAAACAAUGUGUAUGUGGAUUGUAAGUAAAUAGGUUUUUUGUAUUAAACUUUUACUUUUUACUUG